UGUUAUGAAUUUAGAAAACGUAAUUACUAUUUUAUCCGCUCAUAUACCACAAUGCAUUUUUAUAACAUUCUUAUAGUGGGAACGACGACUUAAAAAUAUUUAAUUACUAUUUUCCAUCUUCGUUGUUGCAUCUUUCGCCAUGCAUGCUUUGACUAGACUUUGGUGUAUUUCAUUGGUGUUGAAAUGUAUUGUGUCAAUUCAAAUUAUUCCUACGUUUACAAACUAUGAAAAAGCAAAAACUGAGUUGUUUAAUCUAAUUGAAUUAUUUAAAAAUGGCCGAGAUUUACCAAUGAUUGCUGGCUGUGUUCGUCUUGCAUUCCAUGAUUGUAUUGGGAAAGAAUAUUGUAAUGGAUGUAUUGAUCAUACACACGCAGGUAAUGCUGGGUUAAAAGUAACAACAGAUCGUAUUAAUGAAUUGUAUGAAAAAUCGUUUAAAGGUAGUAUUUCUAGAGCAGACUUUUAUGCUUUGGCCGCUGUCGUUGCUUUAACUAGGUCCACCGCAGAUGCUCCGGUAAAAUACAAAGGACUAGACUUUUUCAAAGUAGGUAGAAAAGAUUGCGACUCUUCUCCAAAUGAAAUUCAAAGCGUAACACCACCAAGUGGCACUGACGGGACAAAUAAAACAUUUAAAUUUUUUCAAGACAAUUUUAACUUUACCGUAAGAGAUACUGUAGUGAUAUUAGGAGCACACACACUAGGAAGAUGCAAUUUAGUAAAUACUGGUUUUGUUGGAACUUGGGUAGACGAUGAAUUUUCAACCGUUAUUAAAGGCCCAUCCACAUUAGCUCCAACAAGCGUUCUUGACAAUGCUUACUAUAGGGAAAUUAUUGAUAAUUUGUCAUGGAAACAGGUAACUAUUGAUGGUGUAAAAAAGCAAUGGCAAAAGGAAAAUACAUUGAUACCAAAUGAUAAAUUGCCCGAGGCUAACAGAAGUACAUUGCUUUUAAAUUCAGAUAUUACUAAUUCUUGGGUCAUUGAGCCAACCGAUGAAAGUGGAACUGUUGCUUGUGCACCAACGUCGACAAAUAAUACAUGUCAGCACUCAGUUGCUCAUAACUACACUCUUGAAUUUGCACGUAAUAACUCAUUGUGGAUGAUUGAGUUUACAAAUGUAUUUGGUCGCAUGAUUGAAAUGAACGAAAACGUUUUAAUGGAUCGGCCUACACCAAGCAGUCAAUGGCGAGUGAUACCUUUUUACGCAACAUAUAUUUUCACGUUUGCGUUUUAUAUUUUGGUUAUUCUUUAAAAAUUGUUUUUAAAUAUUUUAAUAUUUUUCUUGCACAUUUCUGCAUUCUAUAUUGUUUUAAUUUUUGAAUAAAAUGUGUUUUUUUUAUAUCUUUGUAACAAUUGAAAAAUAUUUAUUGUGUGACUCAUAUGUACCUUCUUAAAAUAUGUUUUACUAUAUAGAAUCUUAUUUUUUUUCCCUUCUUAACUGUCGUACGGUCAAUCCUUUUAAUUGUUGUGCGACCAAUACAUGUGUAAGACAAUAAUGCUUUGAUUUCUCGGUUAACUAACUUUAAUUAGUGAUUAUUUGAUUGGGCUAUGAUUGGGUUAAACUAAAUAAUAAUUCAAUUGCAA